CUGAGCUGCCUUCCGUCGGGACAGCGAAGACUGAUUUCUCCCUCGGGCUGGGGGACAUGGGCCUUUGGCUGGGAGGCCGGCCUAGGGGAGGCGCACCCGGCACCACGGAAUGAACUGCUUUUCAUGAAAUACCGUACAGUCAAGAUUAUCCAUCAUGCCUGCCGUGACUUCAGUUCCUAAAGAACUCUACCUCAGUUCUUCACUCAAAGACCUCAAUCUGAAGACAGAAGUGAAAGCGGAGAAAAUGAGCACUAAGAAUUAUGUCCAGAGUGCUCUGAAGAUCUUCAAGGCAGCAGAAGAAAGUAGAUUAGAUCGUGAUGAGGAAAAAGCCUAUGUACUGUAUAUGAAAUAUGUGGCUGUUUAUAAUAUUAUCAGAAAAAGGCAGGAUUUCAAGCACCAGCAGGAGUACUUUCAUUCAAUUCUUGGAACUUCCAACCUCAGGAAAGCUGUUGAAGAAGCUGAAAGACUCUCGGAAAGCCUUAAACUCAGAUACGAAGAAGCUGAGGUUCGGAAACAACUUGAAGAAAAGGACCGACAGGAGGCAGAGCAGCUGCAGCAGCAGAAAAGGCAGGAGGCAGGGAGAGAGGACGGUGGUGCGGCAGCUCGCAGCUCUUUGCAGAAGGCACUGGAUCCCAAAGACAAAAACAAGGCGAAUCCCUCCUGUGAGGUCAAUGGUGAAGUAAGUGGGAAAAGUGAGACCAGAGAGAGUGGGGCCAUCACGGCAAAGGAGCUGUACACAAUGAUGAUGGAUAAAAGCAUCAGCCUGAUUAUAAUGGACGCUCGCAGGUGGCAGGAUUAUCAGGACUCCCAUAUUUUAAAUUCUCUCAGUGUUCCCGAAGAAGCCGUCAGUCCAGGAAACACUGCUAAUCGGAUUGAAGAAAACCUUUCAGAUGAUUCUAAAACCACAUGGAAGAUGAGGGGGAAUGUGGAUUAUGUGGUACUUCAUGACUGGUUUAGUUCUUCAAAAGAUUUACAGAUUGGAACAACCCUACGGAGUCUGAAAGAUGCGCUUUUCAAGUGGGAGAGUAAGACUGUCCUGCGCAGCCAGCCGUUGGUGUUAGAGGGAGGCUAUGAGAACUGGCUGCUCUGCUACCCUCAGUGCACCACAAAUGCAAAAGUCACCCCGCCAGCGCGAGGCAGAAACGAGGAGGUGUUUGUCUCAUUGGAUUUUACUUACCCCUCGCUGGAAGAACCUAAGCGUCCUGCCCAGACACCUCCUCCUCCUACACAAGUAACUGAAAAUAAAGAACCGAAAACUGAUCAAGAUGAGAGAAAGGGACCCCUUGGUACACUGACUCCAGUAGAACCAGGCGCUACUUCCAGAUCUGCUGUGUCAUCUACAAUUCAGCCCGCAACUCUUAUAACGAGUGUUCCACAGAUUGAUCGUACUAAAAAACCACUAGUAAAACCACCAGAUGAUCUUAAUAUAAAAUCUGAACGUGCAGACCAGGAGCAGCAGUCUCCUCAGGACGGGAAAGGCGUUCCCGAUCGUUCCACUAAGCCCGCAUUCACUCCAGCAACUGCUCUGCUGACAGACGAAGAGAAGGCUCGCGUUCACGCAGAAACGGCUCUUCUGAUGGAGAAAAACAAGCAGGAGAAGGAGCUCCGAGAACGGCAACGGGAAGAACAAAAAGAGAAACUGAGGAGUGAAGAGCAAGAACAAAAAGCAAGAAUGCAACAAGCCGAAGAAAAGGAAGUGUUAGAAAAGGAACAGAAGCGAAAAGAAGAGACAGAAAAGCGAGAAAGGGAGCAGGCCAAGAAAGAAGAGCGAGAACCCUCAGGAACGGGCAGCAAAGAAAUAACCGGCGGGAAGAGACAAAGUAAAAGUGAGCAUGAGACGGCCGAUGCCAGGAAGCCCAUGGAAGACAGAGGGAAGGGGUGUCCAACCCCAGACGCACAGAGAAGGUCAACAGGAGGCGUGCCCCAGGCGCCUGCGGCCGAAGACUCCAGUCCGGGCAAGGCUCAGCGAGAACCUUUGACAAGAGCUCGAAGUGAAGAAAUGGGGCGGAUUGUGCCAGGCUUGCCUUCAGGCUGGGCCAAGUUUCUUGACUCAGUCACCGGAACCUUUCGUUACUAUCAUUCACCCACGAACACUGUUCAUAUGUACCCACCGGAAAUGGCUCCCUCCUCGUCACCCGCUUCCACGCCUCCAACUCACAAAGCCAAGCCGCAGGCCCCUGCCGAGCGGGAGCAGGAGCCUUCCAAGCUGAAGCGCUCCUACUCCUCCCCGGAUAUAACCCAGGCACUCCAAGAGGAAGAGAGGAGGAAACUAACAGUAACGCCCACAGUUAAUCGGGAAAACAAGCCAGUAUGCUACCCUAAAGCCGAAAUCUCCAGGCUCUCUGCUUCUCAGAUCCGCAAUCUCAAUCCUGUUUUUGGAGGGUCUGGACCAGCUCUCACUGGGCUUCGUAAUUUGGGGAAUACAUGUUACAUGAACUCAGUAUUGCAGUGCCUGUGUAAUGCUCCACAUUUGGCCGAUUACUUCAAUCGAAACCUGUAUCAGGAUGAUAUCAACAGGUCGAAUUUGCUGGGCCAUAAAGGCGAAGUGGCCGAAGAGUUUGGUAUCAUUAUGAAAGCCCUGUGGACGGGACAGUAUAGGUAUGUCAGUCCGAAGGACUUUAAGAUCACCAUCGGGAAGAUCAACGACCAGUUUGCGGGAUUCAGCCAGCAAGACUCACAAGAACUCCUGCUGUUCCUAAUGGACGGUCUCCAUGAAGAUCUAAAUAAAGCCGACAACCGGAAGAGACACCGAGAAGAGAACAACGAUCACCUGGAUGACCUCCGAGCCGCCGAGCACGCCUGGCAGAAGCACAAGCAGCUCAAUGAGUCCAUUAUCGUCGCCCUUUUCCAGGGUCAGUUCAAGUCCACAGUGCAGUGCCUCACCUGUCAUAAAAAGUCCCGGACAUUCGAGGCGUUUAUGUAUUUGUCUCUGCCACUAGCGUCCACAAGCAAGUGUUCCCUGCAGGAUUGCCUUAGAUUAUUUUCCAAAGAAGAAAAACUCACAGAUAACAACAGAUUUUACUGCAGCCAUUGCCGAGCUCGACGGGACUCUCUGAAAAAGAUAGAGAUAUGGAAGCUGCCGCCUGUGCUGUUGGUGCAUCUGAAACGGUUUUCCUAUGAUGGCAGGUGGAAGCAGAAAUUACAGACGUCGGUGGACUUCCCAUUGGAACAUCUUGACUUGUCGCAGUAUGUUAUUGGUCCGAAGAACAGUCUGAAGAAAUAUAACCUGUUUUCUGUUUCAAACCACUACGGAGGCCUGGACGGAGGCCACUACACGGCCUACUGCAGAAACGCAGCCAGACAGCGGUGGUUUAAGUUUGACGAUCACGAAGUGUCUGACAUCUCUGUGUCCUCCGUGAAGUCCUCGGCAGCUUACAUCCUCUUUUACACUUCACUGGGACCACGAGCGGCCGACGCAGCCACUUAGAAGAGGCGGUGAGCUGGUUAUCUCUAAAAGGCCAGCCCCGGCGCUUCCGAUCUUACCCAGAUAACUGGGAAGCGAUGCUGGCCGGUUAGAAGGAUUCUAGGGCAGCAGGCGCUGUGUAGCUAUCACAUUUCAGGUCAGUGCUAAUAUCAAGAAAACUGACGAGUAACAGCUAGCAAGUAUUGCAGUAAACAACCCUUACAGGUACCAUUUAUCCGGAAACAACUUUUUUAGGAUGCUCCAAAGUUAAACAAUUACGUAGGUAAGCAUUAUUAUCCUCUUGGUCUAAAAACUGUAUCUCUGCGCUUUCCUUUCUACUGUGAUGGCCUUAUCCCGUUUCUGAAUCCCAGCUUGAUCAGUUGUGCGCCAGUGGAGGCUGUAAAGGAGACGGAGCGCGUGCGCGUCGAUAGUCAUUGCACACUUGCACGUCCCUCGACGUACACAGCACAGCGGGGCGGACCGCCGGGAAGUCCAGAGCGGCUUUGUGUUCCCUCCUUUCCUGACCGAUUCGGAGUCCCCGCAGUGCUCUCUUAGGGAGAUGGCAGGGCAAAGUUAUUUUUCUGUUGGCUUUGGGCUGUAUUUGUGCACUAAAUCUUUAUUCUAAAAAAUAAAAGGAAACUUUUCUUUAA